AUGGAGGACUACAGUCCGCUUAUCGCGGGAGUUGCAUCGUUGAUUGCAGUGAAUGCGGCGCGGCCUGAAGAUGCUGCCGCGGUGGAGGAAUUGCGGCAGCAGUUGCAAGUGGCGAUCGAUACCCUCAUAAUCUACGUCGACAACGUGUUGAAGAACAUGGGCGAGCCCAAAUUUAGAAAGGUCAAGAAGGCACACCCGGCCUUUGAGCGAAGGAUCGGAUCUGUGCCGCGCGCCAAGGCUGCAUUUCAUCUGCUGGGGUGGCAGGACGGACCCAAGGGCACAGAAGAUGAAGAGUUCUACGUGCUCGAGGUCACACCCGCCAAUCAAGAGGCCGUGGAGAAGCGAUUGCACUUUGCCAGAGGCGAGCUCGAGCGUAUCAAGCAGGAGCUGCUGCAGAGUGGUCCAAGGUUCAUCGACCCUGCAGCAGCCACCGCCCCGCAAGGCGGCGACGGCACGGGCGUGACCGAGCUGGGCCAGCUCUUCCCACACCUCGAAGGCGUUCGCUUCAGACUGCCGGCCGACUGGGUCUUCAUCAAGGUGGAGCCAACGCGUGGCCUUGCCGUGUUCAAAUCGCUGGAGCUGAACCUGGGCGUGGUGCUCAACUACCUACCGCAGCCGUUGCAGCGCGCGUGGCUCGACGAGGCCUCUCUUGACUUUUACCGUCACAACCUGCGACUGCACGCCGCUCACAACAAGGGAGGAUAUGUGGCCGGCAUCACCAAGCGGGCACAGCCGGAGGAGUACGCUGGGGGUCGCGGCAUCACCUACCAGCUCCACCUGCUCAUCCCCGCAAAGCAAGGAGUGAUCUCUGCUCUCAUCUUUGCCGACGAGGGCAAGCAAACUGGUCUACGCGAAGCGCUCAUGAUGGCCAUUCGAGAGAAAGACCAAGCCAACGCGGGCGGGGAUGGCGGCGCGGACUGGUUUGCUGAUCCCUACGGCUAUCCGCUGCCCACGAGGGCGCCCACUGCCCGUGACGCGGCGCUCAAUGCGCCAUUCACUACCAUGGAGGCCCAGGAAAUGGACACGAGUAAGGCCAGCUCCAAGCAAAGCGCGCAACCGCCUUAUAGCGGGCAGGCUGCGUCGGAAGACGAAUGGUUCAACCCGUGGCGAGACAUCGUCUACCCUCGCUCGAAAGCCGAUGACCAGGAACACGACCGGGCUUUUGCGUUCCACCCUCUGUCGCGGGUGCGCGAGGCUCUGCGUCGCUUGGCGGAGUGCGUCGAGGUCGCUCCCGAGGUCAGGGCGGCUUGUACGCCGGACGACAACCAGCCCCAGCGGGUCCACAUCAUCGACGAUGUGCACUGCCUCAUCCCGCCUCGAUUCACCCACAUGCCCGCUCCCAACAUGACGCACGGCAAGGUGUUCAUCCGGUCAGGGUUCGAGAGCACGCUGGAGGUGUGUAACGUCACUCUCCAGCCCUCGUUCCCGGACUGCGGUCGCAGCCUCGAGGCUGCAAAGGCCAUCACCCGCCAGCAUGUGGAGUGGGGCCACUUGCAGGUGCUGCGAGGUCCCGUCGUCAAGCCGGGCAUGGUCGCCGACAGGCAAGGCAUGAUCAACGAGGCCGAGUCGAUGCUCAACGGCAAGCCGGUCUAUACCAUCGCGUUCUACACGCCGUGGGGCGCUGAGGGAUCUCUCGAGGUGUCGGCCGUAACGCAGCAGGGCAACCACGAAGAGGCCCGACAGCGGCUCACCGCCAUCGUCGCCUCCCUCGAAUCGCGAUCUUAG